UAUUCUAUGGCAGUUAGGGGCCCUGUCCUACUGAACGGGUUGUCCUUUCCCAGGUCCCAGGCCCUGUGGCGCAAAGUGUUCCGCCUGAUGAAAAUAUUUACAAGAUGAGGGACGACUGAGCCCAGCAAGGGAAAGGGGAGAUGGGGCGGAGGGGAGAGGGGGAGACAGGUGGUGCUCAAGAUGGGGGCAGGGGACUUUAGGGAUGAGUUCCCUGGCUCAGGAGGAGAAAGGGAAGAGCACUGGAAACUUGGAAAGGAAGUGGGGUGCUGAGAAGCAGAAUGGGGUGGAGGGGAGUCUGGAACAAGAAGUGGGGGUACAGAACUCAUUCUCCGAGCCCAGCAGUAGCAGGCAUGAGCUCUGGGAUCACAGCUCAGAGCCCCGGAGGAUCUCUGUGUUGCCCUUGUGGUGGAGAAUGACCCACAGCUCCCGCUGGAUAGCCCAGGUGCUGGCCUCGGAGCUCAGCCUGGUGGCCUUCGCCCUGUUGCUUGUCAUGGUCUUCUCCAAGAAAUGGCUGUGCCUCUCUAGAAGCCGCUUCUACCAGCGCUGGCCCGCCAACGUCAGCACCAGGAUCCACACGGCCACUCAUGUCAUGUCCAUGGGGCUCUUGCGGAUCUGCAAAUCCAGGAGCUGUUCCAACUCAGAAAAUUGGAACGAGAGUUUUAAGCUGUGGACAAAUCACCCAGUCCUCGGGGUGGCCACGAUCACUUUCUGUCUGGCGCUGGGACUGGGCUUUAUCUUCACCAUCUGGUUGCACCUGCCGUACCUACCUGGCCUUCAGAGACUGCCCUUUUUUAGCUGCGCUGGGACCGUCAUGAGCUUCUUUCAAGUUAUCCUUAUUUUCUUCACCCUCAUGUUGUUCCCUAUUAACCUCUGGAUCUUUGAGUUGGAGAAGAAUUUAUCAGUCCCCAUCGGCUGGAGCUAUUUCAUAGGCUGGCUGGCAUUUGCCCUCUAUGUCACCUGCGCGGCUCUCUGCAGCUUCAACCAUAAGCACUUCUGGAGGGUGAUAACGAACUGUCCCUGUGGAACCGUGUUGCACCCCAAACAAAGCUUGCUGAAGAAGCCUGUUGUCCCACACACCGCGGUCGACCAGAGGAAAGACCUGGAUCCCGAGCAAAAGAAGCCAUCUCCGUAACCUUGUCGGAAAUCCCGGUGCCGCGCUCUGCCCACUCGUCCGAAUCCCUGUCCUCAUCCUUUCUCACGGCCGUGGGGGGAGGGUUGGCCUUCAUCACCGCAAGGGAUUAGAGAGGGAGGCUAUCGCUUCUCCUUGACCCUGCUCGCUUACAGCUUGGGCGAUGUGGAAUAAAUUGUCUCUUGUUUAUCA